AUGACGCCCACGCCCGAGGCAUAUUCACUUAUCAUCACGCCCACUACCCGCACCUUCCAAGCUUCUUUUGACAUAGAUGCCACACGCCCAUACCCACGCCCAUAUCCCGCCAAUCUCCACGCCCAUCCCCACGCCCAUAUCCGCGCCCAUACCCACGCCCGUUCCCACGCCUACGUUCAUACAUGCCCAUCUCCACACCCAUCCCCACGCCUAUACCUGCCCACGCUCUUACUCACUCUCACACUCACGCACGCCCAUAGCCCCUCCAAUCCCCACCCCCACGCCCAUACCCACACCAAUACCCACGCCCUCUCCCACGCCCAUACCCACGCCCAUCCCCACGCUAUUCCCACGCCCAUCCCCACACCCAUCCCCACACCAAUACCCACACCCAUACCCACACCCAUACCCACGCCCUUUCCCACGCCCAUACCCAUGCCCUCUCCCACGUCCAUACCCACGCCUACGCCCACGUCUCAAUCACAGCUCCUGGAAAAUGGCUUCGUUUCACCGGAAGGAGGAGACAAGCCUUCUCCUCCAGGAAAUGUUCACAAAAUUGGGAAUUAA